AUGAAUCUGAAUAAAUAAUAUUUAAUUCUGAAUGCACCUGGUUUAUCAGGAGAUUUUUACACAAAUGUAUUAGAAUGGUCUGCAUAAAACUUAAUUAUAGUAGGUUUAAAUAAUUACGUAUACACUUGGUCACCUUAAAAACGCAAUACUAAUAAUAUAAUCUAAGAUUUGACUUCCAGUACAAAUAUACAGGCAAUCAGUUGUAAUUGGGAUGGCCAUUUAUUAGCCGCAGCAGACGAAGUUGGAGAAAUAAAAAUAUAUGAUCUUGCCAAAUAAGCAAUUUUUUAACAAUAUAAAGCCCACGAAAAUAAAAUAGGAGCUAUAGCUUGGAAUAAUAAUUUAAUAACUACCGCAUGUAAAGAUUCUUCAAUAAAAAUAAGAGACAUUCGUUAAAAAGCGGAUAUAUAAACAUUAAACUUUCAUAAAGAUUAAGUUUGUGGUAUAAAAUGGUCAUGUGAUGGAAAUAAUUUAGCCUCAGGAGGAAACGAUAAUAAAUUAUAUGUAUAUAAUUUAAAAAUGAAUAAAAGAACAUCCUCUUUGAAAUCUCAUGUAGGCGCCGUAAAAGCAUUAGCAUGGUCCCCACACAAUUAAAAUAUUCUAGUUUCAGGAGGAGGAAAUAAAGACUAAACUUUAAAAUUUUGGAAUAUUUAAACUAAUUAGUUAAUUAAAAGUAUACAUACAGGUAGUUAGAUUUGUAAUAUGCAUUAUUCUAAAAACUUUAAUGAAAUUGUUACUACUCAUGGGUUUUAACUUAAUUAAAUUUCACUAUGGAAUGCUAAUGAUUAUUCUUAAAUUACUACUUUGUAUGGACAUUCUGAAAGGGUAUUAUAUUUGGCAGCGUCUCCAGAUUAAGAAGAUAUUGUUACAGGAUCGGCAGAUGAAACUUUGAGAUUUUGGAAAAUUUUCCCUAGUUUACCAAAAAUUGAUAUUAAUAAUUAAUAAAGUAAAUUAAAUCCUUUAUGGCUUAAUUAAAAAUGGGGUUCAUCUAUAUCUGUAACUUUGCAAUAUCUUCUUUUUAAAAAGGCUUUGAGGACUUAGGUAUUUACAGGAAACUAGGCUUAGUAGUAAACUAAAAAUAAUAAAAAUUAAGAAAAGGAUUAAAAUGUUCCUGAUAUUAAUAAUUUAAUGACUGUAGAUGUAAGUGAAUGCUUAUAUUUCUAUUGGGGAUUCGUUUCUUUUAUAGUUUCUUUUAUAAAAGUUAUAAUAAUUUUGUGUAUUUUAUAUUAUAAGAUGGGAAAUUCUAUGUUUUUGGGUUUAUAUGUGUUGAUAGGAUCCUUUGCUGCUAAUUUAGCUUCUACUUUUAUGACUUUAUUUAUGUAUUAAAAAAUCUAUUAAAAGAAAGAUGGAAGGGUUUCUUUAAGUAAGGAUGUUAUUGAAGGAAUAAAAAGUAUAAAAUACUUGGGUUGGGAAUAAAUAUUUGAAAAGAAAAUUAUGAAUCUGAGAUUUUAAGAAUUCAAAUUUAUAUCAGGGUCUAAACUAUUUGAAGGAGUUGAAUUUAAUAAUUCAAUGUUUUUACGAUAAUUGCUCUUUUUGGGUAAUUAAAUUAUCCUCUAGGAGUUAUUCCGUGGACUUUGGGGUAUGUAAUGA